UUUGCAUUCAUUCCAUCUGUUUAUGGGAGAAAACCAAUUGUUUUGUAGUGUAGUCAUAUUGCCUUUUGAUUUUUAUUAAAUGCCACAUUGUUAUUAAAAUAAAGCAAAAAAAAACUUUUAGUGCUAUUUGCCAAAAUACUUAUAACAUUAAUAUUCAGAUUAAGAAUGUUUGUUUUUUAUAAGCGUAGUCACAAUAUAUUGAUGAUGUUAGAUGUUUUGAAUAAUAUUAAUUGUUGUGGCCUCUAGACAACACUAUUUUUCGCUUUGUUUGCCUUUGAUUAUCUAUAUUUCAGGCUGACGAUCUUCUAUAAAUUUCGUCGUUCUAUUUUGAUAUUUUUUGCUGUGUUGAAUGAAGCCUUAUGAUACCUAUUAAUUAUCAUAUAUACACACCUAUUUAUGGCUUUUUAGUUUUUUAUUUUUUUUUUUACAACUACUAAAAGACAUAUAUCUAAUAUUUUUUGUUGUUAUUUCGGUUCUUAUUUCAUUUCAUCUUCCUAUCUCCCCUCUACUUUCCAAACUGAACUUACCAAUAGAACCGGAAACAUUCGGCAACGAAAGUAACAACGACGGUGCUAAAAGAACUCGAAAUUUGCCUUCGAACUUAUUCUGUCAAUUGGGUGUCGCAAUUUCUGGAUCGAGAUCAAGGUCUAUGUAUUCUAAUAGAUUUUAUGGAAUGGUCUUUAUCGCAUCUAAUGCACUCCGAUUGGAGGAAGACAGAAAAGAGGAAACGCCAAACAGUUUUACAGUGUGUUGGAGAACCGGAAGAUGACGUUUAUUGGUGUGUUAAGUGUAUUAGAGCUAUUAUGAAUAGUGGUAUAGGAUUUCCUAAAGUGUAUAAUAAUCAGCGUUGUUUGAAGAAUAUCACACAAUGCCUUAUGCAUAACAAUCAUAGAGCUAAAUCUUUAGUCCUUGAAGUAUUAACUGCUAUAAGCCUAGUAAAUGGAUGCCAUGAAAAAUUACUAGAGGCUUUCGAUCAUUUUAAAAAAACCUUCAAGGAGAAACUUCGUUUCGAGACAUUGGUCGAUUCCUGUAGACAUAUAUUCUCUCAUGAGAGGACGUACGACGAACAUGAAUUAGAGUAUUUGAAAGCAGCAGUACAAUUCAUCAAUAUAUUUGUACAUACAACCGAUGACAUGCAGUUUAGAAUUUAUUUACAACACGAAUUCCUUCAAGUUGAUUUUGAUUCUUUUCUAAAUAAUGUUUUACAAAGAGGAAAUCAAGAAACUUUAAGUCAAUAUGCUCAAGCUUAUUUAGGUAAUUUAGUAAAUGUCGAAGAGUUAAUAAAGGACGCUGAAGAGAAAAGGGAUGUUUUAGCCGAGAACGCUGAGCUUAAAGAGAAGUGUGAAUUUCAAGUCGAAAAUAUUCAAUUUAUGAAAGAAGAAAAUCUUAGAAUACAAGAAUUGUUCGAAAAAUCUCAAAAUGAAAAGGAAACAGUUGAAAAGGAGAAAGAAUCAUUAUCUGCCAAGUUGAAUGCUCUAGAAAGUCUGCUGAGUGACAAGGAUGCUGAAAUAAGAAAAACUCAAAGUGUACAUGAAGAAAGUAUGAAAGAAUUGCUGAAAGCUAGAGAAUCUCUUAGGGAUUUUAAUUCAAAGUCCACAAAAAGCAAUGAUACUGCUGUCAACAACACUGGAACUUAUGUUAAACCAAACUCUAAUAAAAGUGGUCAAACUCCUCAACCAAUUCCAAGAUCUGCUGCCCCUCCACCUCCACCACCCCCUCCCCCACCAGGGCCGCCACCGCCUCCAGGUGGUGGUAUUCCCCCACCUCCCCCACCACCAGGUGGGCUUCCUCUUCCAGGAGCAAAUAUAACUUUAAAGAGAACAUUAACUUCAAAAGCCAGACUGUCAACAAUACAUGUUCAAUCGGUUCCAAUGAGACUUGUUGCAAAUUCUAUAUUUUCUCAAUUGGAUGAUGAAAAAGUUGCCAAAAAUGAUAAACUCUUUGAUACUGCCAUUCUCGAGACCAUGUUUAAGGAACCAGAGACUAGAGGCCGAAGUGUCAUCAGUCAAGCUAAUGAUUUUGUUAACGAAGAAAUAACGCCUUACGGCACUAUUUCGAAGAAGAAGGCCACUACCCUUAAGGCUGAUAAACAACGAAACGUCGGUAUAUCGAUGCGCAGGUUGCCGGCAAUAAAGGAUCUUAUUGAAUAUAUCACCAAGUAUGAUAUCGAAAAAAUUUCCACGGAAACUCUUACUAUUCUACUGGAAGUACUUCCAAGCGAAGAAGAGAAACAAGCUUUAAGAAACUGUGAUUCUGCAGAAUUGGCACAAGAAGAUCAAUUUUUAGCCGCGCUUCUCUCUAUAAGUAGAUUGGAGGCUAAGAUAGCAAUCAUGCAAUUCAUGGCAGAGUUCCAGGAAACUUAUGGUGAAAAAUCAAGAAUGCAACAAGAUUUUAACGCAGUUCUGUCCGUUUCAUACAAUCUUGUAAACUCCAAGAAAUUCCGAGAAUUAUACGAGUUUCUACUCGCCAUAAUUAACUACGUAAACUCGAAAUCAAAAGGAGCUGUUUAUGGAUUUCAGUUAAGCUCCUUGGAAAAGAUCGCAACUCAUAAAUCGAAAACAACCGACUAUACUAUGUUAAUGUUUGUUGUUGAGCAGGCGAAAAAGGCUUCCCCACAUCUGUUAACUUUCGCUGAUGAAUUAGGCAAUAUUGAUCGAGCUCAGCACGCGUCUCUAAGUUAUCAAGAUGAGUUAGCCAGAUUGAAACAGAUGAUGGCCAAUACUAAAAGGGAAAUAGAAAAUACCGAUGGGAAACACAUUAAUAUUUUAAAUAAAUUCGUCAAUAAUUCAGAAAGGGUUAUGAAUAAAGUUCUAUCGGACUAUAAUGCCGCAUCGAAACAAUUUGAAGAAGCUGUGACGUACUUUGGCGAAGAUCCUCAAAGGACCAAACCGUCAGAAUUCUUUUCUCAUUUCGUUCGAUUUAUUCAGAAUUUUAAGAGCGCUCGAAUAGCUUUGGAUAAUCUAAAGAAGAAGAAAGAAAGUAAAGCUUCGGUUAGUAGUUAUAUUUACAUGUUAAUCACAAGAUUUUUCUCUUUUAACUUUUUAUUAACUGCUUAAACUUACUUUUAAUUUACAAAAAAAGCAACUAUCGUUUGAUUAAGUCAUCCUAAUAAGUUAACUUUAAAAAUCUCGUAAAAUUAGCAGGAGUCAUCGACCUUGACAUGUGAUGAUAAAUCUGUGUUACAUUCCCCCACUCCACAAAAGGUAUUGAGUAGAGUCUUGCUAAGCGGCUGAAUUACUUUUCUUGAUAUGCUUUAGGCGUAUAAAGUUGGGCAUGCAAUUUCUCGAUUGUCCUUAAAAAUAAGCGGGUUUUAACGUUGUCAACGUCAUUUUCUUUACAGAGAAACGUUGUAGAUGAAAUGAAGAAUAGGAAUCGUUUACGACAACGAGAUAUGAAGGAGAAUAUGCAGUACGGGGUUAUCGAUCAAAUUUCAUCCGGUAAGAGAUGUUAUUGUUUAUCGUAAACUUGUUAUAAUAAAAAAAUACAAACUUAACCGGAAAUAUACUUAUAAUAUUUAGAAACAAGGGAACCGUUCUACCGAGGACCACCAACAAAAAACCCAAAAGCUAUGAACUCGGAGAUGUAUGAGAAACUGCAACAACAUAUAAUGGGAAAAUGAUUAUUAAAUUCUUUUUCUUUAUUUUUUUUUCUAUACGCGUCGUUCUUCCUGCAUGUAGAUCUAUAUUUAAGUUCUAUUUUUAUGUGUAUAUUUACUAUAUAGUAUAUAUACAGAUAUAUACUGUAUAUAGUGUAUAUGCAUGUAUCCAUGUAUAUUACUUUGAAAAAGAUACUUCUUGAUCAAAAGAUAAAAAUAAAUUUUAACAAACUCGACG